AUGGCCAGACAGGAGGGCGCGCAAGCCAAUACCCUGCCAGACUAUGAUCCACAGUGCUACCUCUGCCCUGGCAACCCUCGCGCCCAAGGCGACGCCAACCCGCAGUACGCAAACACGUUUGUCUUCGUCAACGACUACAGUGCCGUCAAGGAAGAACAGGCCGAGUACCACCCGCCCGAGCCCGCGUCCAGCCAUGACCUCUCGGCCCUCCUGCUCCGCGCCGAGCCCGUCACGGGCAAGUGCUACGUCCUGACCUUCAGUGCGAAGCACUCUGUGACCCUCGCCGACAUGUCGCCCGCCGAGAUCCUCCCCGUCAUCGAGACAUGGACCCGCAUCUACGCAGCCCACCUGUCCCCCUCGAGCCCCCUGGCCGACGUCGCCGCCGCCCUGCCGCUGCUGCAGAGGCACCCCGGCCUGCCCGACAACAUCGACCCGCCCAAGAACCAGCUGCGCUACAUGCAGAUCUUCGAGAACAAGGGCGCCGCCAUGGGCUGCAGCAACCCCCACCCCCACUGCCAGGUCUGGACCACGAGCACCCUGCCCGAGGAGCCGGGCAAGGAGCUCCACCAGAUGGCAAGGUACCGCGCCGAGCACGCCGGGCGCCACCUGCUGGCCGACUACGUCAAGCUGGAGAUGGACAAGGGGGAGCGUCUGGUCUGGCAAAACGAGGCCUUCGUCGUCGUCUGCCCCUGGUGGGCCGUCUGGCCCUUCGAGCUGCUGAUCAUCGCCAAGAGACAUGUGCGCGCCCUGGUCGACCUGAGCGACCGCGAGAGGCUAUGCUUUGCCGAGGCGGUCCAGGAGGUCACCAGGAGGUAUGACAACCUGUUCGAGUGCAGCUUCCCCUACAGUUCCGGCAUCCACCAAGCCCCGCUCGACUGCACAGAGGAAGAGGCCGAGAAUAGCUACUUCCACAUGCAUUUCUACCCGCCUCUCCUGCGCUCGGCGACGGUGCGCAAGUUCCUCGUGGGAUAUGAGCUGUUGGCCGAGCCGCAGCGGGACAUUACGCCGGAGCAGGCGGCGGCAAGGCUCAGGCCCCUGGGAGGCGAGGUCUACCGCAAGAGUCUUCAGAAGUAG